GCCGGAACUGUCGUCACCAACAGCGAGCAGCACCACUUGACGGCAGGAGCUGACACAUUGUUUGGGAAAACAACAACGUGACUUAUAGAUUCAUCAAUUCUGAUCUACUUUACAACUCGCUACUUUACAACGCAACCGCGGUCUCAAUCAAAAGUAACAUAUUUCAUCGGUGUCGGAGAAGAUGGAUGGUUCAAUAAAGGUUAUUACCAAUCCCACUGUCAAUGUGCGCCUCACGACCACCAUAUCCUCCUUUGAGGUGAACCGAAGGUUUGAUCGCGGCAUCACCAUCGCAGAACUCAAGGGCAAACUGGAGAUGGUGGUGGGUGCCCUUGCCUCCAGCAUGGACCUGGAGUUGUUCAGCACGUCGGACCAAUUGUUGCAGAAGAUGGACAACGACAACGCUUUACUGGGCUCUUAUCCUGUGGAUGACAACUGCAGAAUACAUGUUAUUGAUCGAAGUGGGGGCCAGUUGGGAGAGUUUACCGAUGUCACCCAAGUGGAGAAAUUUGCUCUGUCAGACGAUGCUUAUGAACAGAGAGCAGAGUCGGCAAGAUCCUUCAUGAAGAAGCAGUCCCUCGGCCGUUACAAUGAGGAGGAGGCGGCCAAGAAGAAAGCUGAGAGCAUCGCAAAGGAGAAGGAACAGAAGGCGGCGGCUGAAGCCAUUUCUGUGGGCAGCCGAUGCCAAAUCCAAGUCCCUGGGCAGCCCACAAAGCUUGGCACGGUCAUGUUUGUUGGCACCACCGAUUUCAAGCCAGGCUAUUGGGUGGGUGUCAAGUACGACGAGCCGUUGGGGAAGCACGAUGGCAGUUGCAAGGGGAAGCGCUACUUUGAGUGUGAGAAGAACUACGGGGUGUUCGUGAAGCCACUGAAUGUGAUUGUGGGAGACUUUCCAGAGGAGGAUUACGGUUUAGAUGAGAUGUAGAACUGCGAGGUGUCAAGAGAUGAUGGAAGGACGUUGGCAAGAACCCGUUUUCUCGGCUUGGCUUUUCCAAUAGGCAUGAACCGCAAAUAGUUGACGUUGAAUUAACAGGUUUUUGUUUUAGCUUGAAAUUUCCCAUAUUCUUGCCGAUGCAGUAGAAAUAGCAAAGGCCUAUACUGUAUCAUCUUGGUUUUGCAGGAUUUGGUUGCAUAUGAUUUUUUUUUUUUUUAACAUUACUCCCUUGUGUAUUUCCGACGUACCUGUUGAAUCGCAUCAUUUGAAAAAAUAUCCCAUCUUAUCCCUUGCUUCAUGCCAGCGUGUAUGAAAUAUGUAUUGUGUAUUCAUACUAUGUGUGUGUACCACAGGAAGAUAUUUGUUUCCAAACAAUUUGUUUGUGUUAAGCAAUCAACAUCAAGCCUCCAUGUAGAUACAUUUUCCUCUUAUUUUUAUAUUAAUGAAUUCCUCUCAUUGAAAAUGUUUGCACUAUCAA